AUGUUUUGUUUCUUUUUUCUCCCCCCCUUUUUUUUCUUUUUCUCAUUCUUUUUUCUUUUUCUCAUUCUUUUUUCUUUUUCUCCCUCUUUUUUUCCUUUUUCUCCCUCUUUUUCUUUUUCUCCCUUUCUCUCCUUUCCUCUUUUCUCCCACCUUUUCCUCUUUCCCCUUUUCUCCCACCUUUUCCUCUUUCCCCUUUUCUCCCACCUUUUCCUCUUUCCCCUUUUCUCCCACCUUUUCCUCUUUCCCCUUUUCUCCCACCUUUUCCUCUUUUUCCCCUUUCUCCCACCUUUUCCUCUUUCCUUUUUCCCCACCUUUUCCUUUUCCCCUUUUCCCCCACCUUUUCCUCUUUCCCCUUUUCUCCCACCUUUUCCUCUUUCCCCUUUUCUCCCACCUUUUCCUCUUUCCCCUUUUCUCCCACCUUUUCCUCUUUCCCCUUUUCUCCCACCUUUUCCUCCCCCCACCUUUUCCCUUUUCUCCCACCCCUUUUCCCUUUUUUUUCCCCUUUUCUCCCACCUUUUCCUCUUUCCCCUUUUCUCCCACCUUUUCCUCUUUCCCCUUUUCUCCCACCUUUUCCUCUUUCCCCUUUUCUCCCACCUUUUCCUCUUUCCCCUUUUCUUUCUUUUUCCCCUUUCCCCUUUUUCUCUUGUUUUCUCUUUUUUCCUACUGCCCCCCCUGUUUUCUCCCCGUUUCUCCCCAUUCCCUUCCCCAUUCCCCCCGUUUUUCUUUUCCCCAUUUUCUCCCCCCAGUUUCUCUCUUUUCUCCCCGUUUUUUUUCUCUCCUCAUCUCGUUUUCUUUCUCCCCCCUUCUGCUCUGUUUUCUCUUUUUUCUCUCCCCGUUUUCUCUCCUCCUCUUUUCUUUUUUUACAAUAAUGUUUACCCUAAUAUAGAUGAUGUGCUGACUGCUCUGCUGUCCAUGGGAUUUGAGCUGGAAGAUAGUCAAGCUGCUGUCCAGUCUGGAAGAUUGACUGUUGAGUCUGCAGUUGAAUGGCUUCUUACUCAAAAGAAUCGUCCGGCUAAUACUUGUAGAUUGUAUGAGGUCGAUCCUGUUGUAUCAUCAAGUCCAUUUGUAUCAUCUGACCCUUCUCCACCCACAUCAGGUAACCAGGAUGAGGAGUCUGGCAGUCAGACACCAGCUGAUAAGCCAGAAGAGAAUGAAGAGGAGAGUAUCAUCUCGAGAAGGUUUGUCAACUCAAAGCAGCGGGAAAUAAAGGAAAAAUUUGAAGAGAAACAAAGGAGUGAAGCACAGAGGUUAGCCAUUUUGGAAAGGAAACAACAAAAAUCAGCUCGAGCACUUGUUCUUCAACAGAUAGCAGAUGACAGAGAACAACAGAAACAGUAUCGUAGCAAUACAAGUGCUCUUGGCACUGGUGCCACAGCACAACCAGUAGCAUCACCUACAGCGUCAUCUCCACUGGCGGCAACUUCAGCAGAAGAUGGGGAUCAGUCUAGCCCAACUUCUCCUGCUAUGUGCAAUAUGCAGAUUCGACAUCCAGAUGGGCAGAGCCUACGACAUACUUUUGAUGGUUCCACACUUCUUCAGGAUAUCUGGACUUAUGCAACUGAGAACUUUACAGAUACAGAAAACAUGUGUUUGAUGCAGCCAUUUCCUCGUCGAGAUUUUACCAAAGAAGAUGCCAGCAAGUCUCUGAUUGAAUUGGGAUUAUGUCCCUCAGUUGGUCUUGUUUUGAAAAAAACUGAUGGAUCCCAACAGGCUUUUGUUUCUGAAGGCUACAAUUAUCAGUUGGCUUUUCAACGUGCUCCUGUCCCACGAUUUUUGGGUCUGAGUGAUGACGAAGAGGAUGAUGAUGAUGAUGACACAGAUGUAUCCCCAGACCCCAGGCAUGAAUCUUCCCGUUUUCAUGCUUGGGGCCAGGGACGGCGUCUGGACGAAGAACAUGAAGCUGAUGAUUUGGCGCCAGAAGAAGAGGAAAAUGAACAAGAAAUGCAUGAAGAUGAGCUCUAUGAAUUGCAAGAUGAUGGAAUGUUACGACCCGUGGGUGGCUUUCCAGAACCUCACCGCCCAGGUGUAUUUGGAGGUGUAGGAAUGCGGCUUCUGCCUGAAGGUGACCCAAGAGCUGACAGCGUUCCUGAACCCAAUACCAGCAACUUGAGAGAACUUGCAGUUGCUGCAGCCACAAAUCGGCAUGCCCGCAAACCCAGGAGCCGGAGUCCUUCCCCUAGACACCGACAACAACAGCCCCACCACCAACCACAGCAGCCCCACCAUCACCACCACCACCAUCAUCAUCAUCAUCACCAUCAUCAUCACAGUCAGAUGGUAUCCUCAUUGGAACACCUGUGUCUACAGUUUAUAGCAAACCGUCUGUCAAAUCCGAAAGAACACACAAUACCUCUCCAUGGACUUUCCCAGCAGCCAGCUCAGCGUCUAGUUGAUUAUUUGCGUAAAGAGAAACUAUUGAAGCCAAAGACUCUUCAUGCAUUUUUACCUUGCCGUCUUCAGAAAUUAACAUUGGAUUCUUAUGCAUAUGUAACUAAUGAACUGUUGUAUGAAAUAAGGAUGCAUACCAAUCUGAUCCAUCUCAGUCUGAACUCAUGUAGUUUGGUUACUGACAGUGGCCUUCAACCCCUAACAGCCUUAAAGAAAUUAAAGACGUUAAAGUUGGGAUCUUGUCGGCAACUCACAGAUAAUUGUUUAACACCUAUAUCAACUUUGCAGUCACUAGCUACACUGGUGCUGGAGAACACUGGAGUCACGGAUGCUGGCAUCAUUCAGUACAUUACAGACAUUUCAAUUCAUCAACCUCCUAACUUGAAGUGCCUCAAUCUAAAUCGGACAGCUGUGACACAAAAAAUCUUUGGACCUCUCACAGAAUUACCCAAGUUGAAGGUUUUGUUAUUAGAGCAGUCCAUGAUUUUUAAUCUUCUGCCACAUCUUUUUUCUUUCUUUUCUUUUCUUUUCUUCUUUCCUUCUUUUUUUCUUUUUCUUUCCUCUUUUUUCUUUCCCUCUUUUUUCCUUUUUCUUUUUUUUUUUCCUCUUUUUUCUAUUUUUUUUCCUUUCUUUUCUUUUCUAUUUCUUUCUCUCUUCUUUUUCUUUCUCUAUUUCUUUUUCUUUCUCUCUUUUUCUUUCUGUUUCUUUUUCUUUCUCUGUUUCUUUUUCUUUCUCUUUCUUUCUUUCUUUUUCUUUCUCUUUCUUUCUCUGUUUCUUUUUCUUUCUCUUUCUUUCUCUAUUUCUUUUUCUUUCUCUUUCUUUCUCUAUUUCUUUUUUUUCUUUCUUUCUUUCUCUAUUUCUUUUUCUUUCUCUUUUUUCUUUUCUUUCUAUUUUUUUUCUUUUCUUUUUCUUUUUUUCUUUUUCUUUCUCUUUUCUUUUAUUUCUUUUCUCUUUCUUUUUUUUCUUUUUCUUUCUCUUUCUUUAUUUUCUUUUUUCUUUCUCUUUCUUUUUUCUUUUCUUUUUUCUUUCUUUUCUUUCUCUAGUUCUUUUAUUUUUUCUUUCUCUUUCUUUUUCUCUAUUUCUUUUUUUUUCUCUUUCUUUCUCUUUCUAUUUCUUUUUUUCUUUCUCUUUCUUUCUCUAUUUCUUUUUUUUCUCUUUCUUUUUCUUUUUUCUUUUCUUUCUUUCUCUUUUCUUUUUCUUUCUCUUUCUUUCUCCUUUCUUCUCUUUUUUCUCUAUUUCUUUUUUCUUCUCUUUCUUUUCUUUCUUUUCUUUUUCUUUUCUUUCUCUUUCUUUUUCUUUUCUCUUUUUCUUUCUUUUCUUUUUCUCUUUUUCUUUCUUUUCUUUCUUUUUUUUUUUUUUCUAUUUCUUUUUUCUUUCUUUCUUUUUCUUUUUCUUUUGCUUUUUCUUUUUCUUUCUUUCUCUUUUUUUUUUUUCUUUUUUUUCUUUUUUUCUCUUUUUUUUCUUUUCUUUUUUCUUUCUUUCUCUUUUUCUUUUCUUUUCUCUUUUUUUCUUUUCUUUUUCUUUUUUUUUUUUCUUUCUUUUUUUUCUUUCUUUUUCUUUUUUUUCUUUUUCUUUCUUUCUUUUUUUUUUCUUUUCUUUUUUUUUCUUUCUUUCUUUUUUUUCUUUCUUUUUUUCUUUCUUUCUUUUCUUUUUUCUGUUUUUCCUUUCUCUUUUCUUUCUUUCUUAUAA